AUGCAUUGGAAUGAUUCAUCCAAUUCCUCAGAAAGUGACAAUGAAGCUCAUUCAGCCUUUACACAGACUGAGCACAACAUAGUUGCAGCUUACUUAAUAACAGCAGGAGUGAUAAGCAUUUUCAGUAACAUUGUUGUGUUAGGCAUCUUUGUUAAGUACAAAGAGCUUCGGACAGCAACCAACGCAAUUAUUAUCAACUUGGCUUUUACUGACAUUGGCGUUAGUGGCAUUGGUUACCCCAUGUCUGCUGCCUCAGACCUGCAUGGAAGCUGGAAAUUUGGAUAUACUGGAUGCCAGAUCUAUGCUGCCUUAAAUAUCUUUUUUGGGAUGGCGAGUAUUGGUUUGCUUACUGUUGUUGCAGUUGACCGUUAUCUGACAAUCUGCAGGCCUGAUAUAGGGAGAAGAAUGACUACGCGAAGCUAUGCCACGCUAAUCCUUGCUGCAUGGAUAAAUGCAGUUUUCUGGGCUUCCAUGCCUACUGUAGGCUGGGCUAGCUACGCUCCGGAUCCAACUGGAGCAACGUGCACAGUAAAUUGGAGGAAAAAUGAUGCGUCCUUUGUUUCCUACACAAUGAGUGUAAUUGCUGUUAAUUUUGUUGUACCCUUAACAGUCAUGUUUUACUGUUAUUACAAUGUUUCCCGGACAAUGAAACAGUAUGCCAGCAGUAACUGCCUGGAGAGCAUCAACGUAGAUUGGUCUGACCAAGUAGAUGUGACAAAGAUGUCUGUUGUGAUGAUUAUAAUGUUCUUGGUGGCGUGGUCUCCGUAUUCUAUUGUGUGUUUAUGGUCUUCCUUUGGAGACCCAAGGAAAAUUUCUCCUGCAAUGGCCAUUGUAGCUCCUCUAUUUGCAAAAUCUUCCACAUUCUAUAAUCCCUGCAUUUAUGUAAUUGCAAACAAAAAGUUUCGGAGGGCAAUCCUGGCAAUGGUGCGAUGUCAGACAAGACAAGAGAUAACUAUAAACAAUGCCUUGCCCAUGAGUGUAUCUCAAAGUCCACUGACGUCAUAGAACUCAUGUCAUUUGCCUGCAGAAGUUACAUGGAAAGGAGUGAAAUCUGGGUUGAAGUUAACUAAUCUUUUGGAAGAUUAAUCUUUUGGAAUAAUAAUCUGCCCCAGCCAGCCAGCUGUUUUCUGUUAAUCUUUUUAGAUAGGUUAAAAAGAAAAAAAGACAAAAUCCACUAAGACUUUAGUUUUUGAGAGUGAGGUUUAUUGGCCCAGUGUGUCUGUCCGAAACAAAAAAAGGCCAGUGAAGUGUUCACUGUGACUCUUACAGGGUUGGACAAGAUGAUACACAGGCAGGGAGAGACUGAAGCAGGUAGUGCUUAAGUUCAGUAACAUAGGUUUUGCAUCUGUAAGUCCUUUCAUUAAUUAUUUUCCCUUAACUUCCCGUGAGAUUUUUCCAGACUUUAAAUAAUCUGGAUUCUCCCUGUGUGAAUAUAUUACUAUACCAAGUGUCCAUGUUGAUAUGCCUCCCAAAGUUCUAUUUCUGUGAGCAUGUUAAGAUACCAAAAUAUCUAGCCAAACCCUAUAGAACCUGUUUAUCAGCUUUUAGGAUUUUGAAGGAGGUUCAGGAUAUUUAAUGUAUUUUUAAAGUUUUGGCUCACACAACCAAAUGGAUUUGUAGGAAAGACAGCUUUUGUUUUAGUAGUUUCUAGCGCUUGUGACUGCUCAGCAAAUCCUGAAAAUGAGGUAAAAUGCACCCUAAAGCUUGACACUUGGGAGGCACAUAAAACUGAGUAACUAUUUAUGGUCAUUUCUCAUCAUUUCUAAGUCAGUCUCAUGGUUAUAUAGGUCUGUUGUGUAAUUUUCAAAAAAUAACUUUUGGUGAUGUGAUUUAUUCAGGAUGGAAGAGAUGGCUGUGUUUAGAUCUAUUUAUGGAUGGUAGUAUAUGCACUUUUGAUGAUUCUCAGAAUUUGAGAAUAAAUAUCUUCUUUUAUUAUGUAUGCAUGCAUCUGAAGUUUGGCUUUGCAGUGUGUAACUUAUUUAAAAUAUACAUGGGGCUUUUUUUUGGUAAAAACCUGUUUUUACACAAUUUUUUAAAAACUCUGGAAUCUAGGCUUCCUAUUA